AUGGCUCUAUAUUAUUCAGUCGCAUUUCUACUUCUAUCUUUAUAUGCAUCUGCAGCUUCCUGUAGUCAGUUGGAAACUGAUAAUGGGAAAAUCUGUAUGAAGAUUGGAUCAACAGCGGGAUGUAAAUUCGCUCAAAUGUUCAUGAGACAAGUAAAUAGUACGAACAGUCUCUACGGCAAAUACCUUGAUAUAGAAUUUCUGCCAUGGGGUAGGACCACUAGACACGCCAACGGUACUCUUAUAUGCCAAUUUGGAGAAGCUGAUUGCUGGGCGAACCGCGUUCAGCGAUGUGCCCUUAGCUUGCUGAGUGGAAACCAAGAUGCCCAGGUGCGUUACAUGCUCUGUGAAUACUCUGACCCUUUGCCUGCACUUGAACAAAGAAGCCUCGCCUGCGCUGCUGCUGUCGGUCUCAAAAUAAUCGCUGUAGACUAUUGUGUAUCUACAUCCUACGGAGAUCGUCUUGAAGGUCCCAUCGAAGAACGUAGCAGAGAAGGAAUGGAGGCUAUAGAUCGUAUUCCUUUUAUUGUUUUCAAUAACAUUGUCAGUGUGGACCUGUAUAACGAGGUUGUACGGCGUGGAUUAGCACGUGUGGUUUGUAAUGCUUUGUUGGCUGAUCCAACAACAAGUGUCACAGCAUGUUAA